AGUGAGUAAACCAUUGUUAAAUCUUCGUUUUGGCUUAAAUAAAAUACAGUAUGAAGUAAUUACUUAUGCUACAUAAGUAAAAGACGUGGUUAAUAGCUUAAAUUUUUAAUCCGAACCUUCAUACUUCUAAACGUUUCGAAUCUUACUCGGUCAAUUAUAAGUCACUAAAACACGUAAAUUUAAUAUUCGCAUCAUAUACAACAUCAUACAUCGUACAUCAUAUUUCUUCACCUAAAUUUCCCUUCUAUCAACUCAUUAUCGGUAUUUCUAUUUUAUUGUUUACCUGAUAUUCAUUAUGUCAUAUUACCAAUAUUCAGGAGCGAACCCGGAAGUUUGGAAAAAUAUACUACGUUGGGCAAAAGAAGAACUGAAGAAGACUCCUGAAAAAGAAAUAAACGAGAAUGACGAUGACGACAACGACGAAAGCCCGCAAAACCACAAUGUCAAUCAUCAACCAUCUUCCCCGCUGCCAUCAACAUUCGCUACCCCUCAUGAAGCCUUUGAGGAAAUGCCAAAAUCCCAAGAAUCGGAUUUGUUUCUCGACUUUUACUCCCCCGAUACUUCGUUUAAUCACGCCACCCAGCUCUCUAACAUAUACCCCCAACAUGGCAUAAUAUUCACUCCUGAAUUAACAGCACAACUGUACGAACGUUUACGAACCUGUAAUGAUCUAAGGUCGUCAUCGUUGCUGUCAUCACGAAAGAUACAGUCAUCGCCAAAGAGUUCGGCUGAAGCGGCAUACAAAGCACCAUCUAAUGAUCAUCAUCGCUCGAGCCCACCAAGUAUACGCACCCGCAAACAAUCCCCACCCGUUUCCCAGAGCCACGGUAUUCGAAAGCCGGUUUCUCUACCCUCGCGGAUUGCCCGCCCUAUGAAGGACCAACUCAAGGAGGAAAAACACCAACCGACGGGACAAGAGCAAAAGAACUCAGAUCUCCCGGAACCCGAUGAGAAUGGUUCCCCCCGAAACCCGGAACUUGGCGAUCAUAAGGUAAAGUUCGAUUUGACCUAUACAUUUGGUGUAGCUUCUAAUAAAAACAAGUGUUGAGUCAAGGAAGGAUAUCAAAGUCAGCGUGAAUCUACGGCUAGUAAAUUCUUCCCUGACAAUAUCUUGCCAGUCGAAUGCCGGCAUACCAUAUACCUAGGUAUUAUGGAACUAGCAACAUCGCGGAGCUCUAUCGAACGCUGGAGAGAUUAAGCUGGCCUAAGAAUGUUAAUGGAGAUGGGUUGGAAACGAGCACGCUCUUUUAUGAAAUUGGUACUUAAGACCUAAAACUGCUCGGGUCUGUAUGGUGCAGGUUUAAUGGCAUACGUAUUCUUGUUAGGAUUGUAUCUUAUGUUUGGAGGGUUUUGCUUACAGGGAUAUACGGUAAUCGUUCGCUAUUUUCCUUUCCUGUCUUUGUCGACCUUUCUUAUUAUUUGAGGCGACCUGGUAGUUUACGCUGACAGCCUCGUCAAUGUCCAUCGUUAUCAGAAA